UUUUUUUUUUGACUAAAUAAAAGAUAUUCAUUCAUUCAAAUUGAUAAGAGUACAUCGAUGCAAUACAAAUCAAAAUCGCUAAAAACAAAAAGGAUGAAUCUGAAACAAACUCACAUCAUCCGUGUUAAUAGCAUCAAACGACAUAUUGCAAAAGCCUACAUAUUUGACUAUAUUGAAGUUUCCGGAACAUUCAUGUCGCCGGAUCUGUAGCGUUGAUGGUACAAAAGUCAUUGAUUGGAUCUGCACUGGAUCAACCUUAAUCUUCAAACCUGAAAUAAAUUAACACCGCACAAAGACGGGACAACAAUACUCCGCACUAAAACGGGACAACAAUACUCCGCACUAAGACGGGACAACAAUACUGAAAAUCAAAACAAAGGAUAAAAUCGCAAAGAUAAAAACAAAACUAUAAGACUUAAACUAUGUGAAAAUCACUUAUUUGUAUUAAAAAGCAAGAAGAAAAAAAUGUAAAGGGGUGAUUUUAGGCCAAAAAUUGACCUAAAACCACCCCUCUAUGGGUGAGAGAAGAAGAAGAAAAUCAAAAAGAGUUUUAGGGCCGGCGGUGGUUAAAGACCUCUACUCUAAACAUGUAUUAUUUUUUAAUCAACGUAAAAAUGUAAACUUGUAACCCAACACCACCAUUAACAUCAGCUACCAUAAAAUUGAAACCCUCAAACACCAUUACUAACAAACAAUUCCAAACAAAUUUUCUCGGAACUCUUCCUUAUACGGUGGACCAUAGCUAUUCCGCCACCAAGUCGCAGAUCCAGGUAUGAAAUUAAGUUUGGAAUUAGGUUUGAGUGGUGAAAUUGAAGAUUGAGGAAGGAAGAUUCGAAUCGAAAGAGAAGUGAAAGGAUCGAUGUGAAUAUUUUGAAUGUAACCCUGAAUAUUUGAAUUCAUUAUAUGGUUUUUGAUUGAAGAAAGUGGGGAUGGAAAAUGGGUUUCAAUUUUAUGGGGGUGUUGGUUGAAGUUUUGAGAUUGGGAUUUUGAUUGGAUUGGAAAAAGGGUUUAUGUAAAAGAGAAAUUUGUUUGCUUGAAUCCGUGAAGGGUGGUGGUUGAAUUAGAUGAAAAAGAAACUUGUGAGAGAGAUAUGAAAUAGAAGAAAAGGUUAUGAGUUGUGCUAAAGAGGGUGAAAUAGGAAAAACAGUUGUUAAUUACGUGGGUGUGUUUGUUUCAAGGUUUGUAAUGUUAUUUCUGGGAAUAUGAGAUAUGGAUUGUAACAUUGCUAUGUUUGUUUCAAGUUUUGAAAAUUUGUUCCCAGGAAUUUUUUAAUCCCAGGAAUGUUAAUUACACAUAACUUCUACACUUGUUAUUCCCAUACUAAUAGGGUGGGAAUAUAACAUUCCCAUGGGAAUAAAACUCAACUUCCUAUAACUUCUCAUAACUUCUCACUACCACUCACAUUUAUUUGCAUUUUUAUUUUUUUGAAUUUUUUAUUUUAUAUAAAUUUUAAAAACAUUCCCAGGAAAUCUAAAUUUUAACCAAACACAUGAGUAGGAAUGUUAUUCCCGAAAAUAAUAUUCCUAAAAAUAUCAUUUCAAGAAAUGCAAUUUCAUACCUUGAAACAAAUACACCCGUAGGUUAUUUUUAACCCAGCCUAUACUCAGGAUAGAAAAUACAAAUGCCGGUCAGAAUAAGAUUAAAAAUAGAAUUAAAAUAUCAUAUCCAAUUGGUGCAUUAAAUGAAAAUUACGAGGAGAAUUUAGAAGAAUUAGAUGUAACGUAAAAAUGUAAAAAAAAAAAUAUAACAUAGAAAAAACCAAAAUAAAUAAAAUAAAAUAAAAUAAAAAGCCCCGGAGUAAUGCAUAUGCGUUGGUUUGGUCGUCCAUAUAUGGCAAUGGCACCGCGUUUUGUCAUCCCUUACCUGUUCAACCUUGCUUUCUAUUUCUAUCAAACCAAGACUCCUUCACUUCUCUUUCUUUAUUUAUUCAUUCUCCUCUGGUCAGCCCCGUUUACUUUUCUUUUCACACCCCCUCAAACCCAUUUCCAAUACUACAAAAAUCUCCUUCUAAGUUCUAACUUCCACCUUCUGUUAUUACUGUUUUAGAUUAGAUAGAUGGAUCAACGUUUAAAUGAUUUUCGAUUAUUAUAGCAACAUAACUAACGCCAUGGAUUCUAAGAAGCUUAGAAGAAAACCUAAACUCGAGCGUCGUAAUGCUCUCAAGUACUUCGAUUACGACGCUGGAUCGUCUUCUUCUUCUUCUUCGUUUGAUGAUUCUUCUGGUUCACUUUAUACUCGUUCCAUGGAGUUGUAUGAUCGUACUAGCUUCCGUAUUGAAGGAAUUGAAGGCGAGUUAGAUCGAAUUUGUAAGAGUUUAGGACUUUCUGGACCUGAAGAUUUUGCAAUUCCUGCUGCUGCUUGGGAAGCUAUGAAGUUUCGAUCGUCUUCAGAUAUUCUUCCCAGUUUGAAGAUCGAGGAGCUGAAGGAGGAGGAUGAAUUGAGUGAGAAAUGUGAAGAUAGGGAUAGUGUUAGGGUUAAUGAUGAGGUUGCUGAGACUGUUGUUGUUGGUAGUGGUGGUGGUGGUAUCAAUGGAAUUCGUCCACCUAUGAUUAAGCCGCCACCGGGGAUGAGAGUUCGGGUUGUUGAUAACACGUGUUCAACUUGGGACCUUUUGAAGGAAUUGGCUCCAGUGGUGGAAGGGGAAGAAGGGGUUUUCAACAGGGAAAUGGUGGAGAAAGAAAGUGAGGAAGUUGAUAGGGUAAGUCCUAAGAGAGAGGAGGAAGAUGUGGUGGUGGAUAAUGUGGCAAUGAUUGCUGAGAUUGUUGAUGGUCUUUCGGAUUUUAGUACUUCGAAUGAAGAUGAUUCUUCUAGCACUGGCACGGAACCUAGGUCUAAUAAUGUAUCUCCUAAUGGGAGAAUUAAGCGGAUUAUUACCCCUGGAUGCUGGCAAAAGGGCGAGUUUUUAGGGGGUGGUUCGUUUGGAUCUGUUUAUGAAGGAAUUUCUGACGAUGGAAUCUUUUUUGCGGUAAAAGAAGUUUCACUGCUUGAUCAAGGGGAUCAGGGAAAACAAAGUGUCUAUCAACUAGAGCAGGAAAUUGCACUUUUGAGUCGUUUUGAACAUGACAAUAUAGUUCAAUACUAUGGCACUGAAAUGGAUGAAUCCAAGCUGUAUAUCUUUAUUGAGCUUGUGACCAAAGGUUCUCUUAGAAACCUCUAUCAGAGGUAUACUCUUCGAGAUUCCCAAGUAUCUGCCUAUACAAGACAAAUUCUGCAUGGUUUGAAGUAUCUUCAUGAUCAAAAUGUAGUUCACAGGGACAUCAAAUGUGCAAAUAUAUUGGUGCACGCAAGUGGAUCUGUCAAACUUGCAGAUUUUGGGUUAGCAAAGGCAACCAAAUUGAAUGAUGUUAAAUCGUGCAAGGGGACAGCAUUCUGGAUGGCGCCUGAGGUUGUGAAAGGAAAAAACAAAGGUUACGGGCUUCCAGCUGAUGUUUGGAGUCUGGGAUGCACUGUGCUGGAGAUGCUUACAGGCGAAAUUCCAUACUCCAAUUUAGAAUGUAUGCAGGCAAUAUUUAGAAUUGGAAAAGGUGAGCCACCUCCUAUUCCUGACACUCUUUCAAGAGAUGCAAAGGAUUUUAUCUUGCAGUGCCUUCAAGUUAAUCCCGAUAAUCGUCCUACUGCUGCUCAACUCUUAAACCAUCCAUUUCUCCAAAGGCCACUUUCCCAGUCUUCAUCUCCUUACGUUCAUGGCAGAAGAGGUUAAACUUUGCCAUCUUCAACUAUGAAACAAUGAAGCAAUUUUUCCCCAUGUUGUGGCAUUCAGAGUUUGCUUGUUUGUAACUCAAGUAGAUUUUUAAGCACUGCUUCGGAUCAUGUGAUAUGGAGCUGCACAGAACCAAGUUAUCAACUUGGCAAUGUGGUUUUGGAUAAUUAUUAUGCUCAAUAAUAGUCUAUUUACUCCAUGAUGAUUUCUCCAAUGUAGCAAAGACAAAUUAUCAACGUCAAGCUGAAAAAAGUUACCCCUGCCUUCUCCUCAAAUGAGCUAACUGGUGAAAAAAUAUACAGGGCUUAGCUUUCGAAACAAUAGUAGCACGGAUCCAAUAACCAUUCUUAUUGUACAUAUUUAUUAGCAUGCCAUUAUUUGUGUAUAUUUAUAUUUCAAAGUUGUGAUUUUUAUAUAUAUAUUUUUUCCUUUUUGAAUCUAUGUUUCAUGUUUCUCUGUGAAAAUUUGGUCUUUGGUUGAAUCUAAUGAAAUGUUGAACUCAUAUGAAUAUGAUGGACUCAUGUAGCAAGAAAAAUCUCGGUUGUUUUUGGGUAAUUUGUGUAAUGCUUUAUCACUUCGUGGGACCUCUUAGACUGUAGUUGUAAUUCUGUUUAUAUAAAUAAAGCUUUUAAAUGCACUCCAUUGACA